AUGGCCGAAGUUGUCUUUGCCAGAUCUUUCCUGGCGACGUUGGAGUCGCGGCCGGCCAAGCUGUCGGCCGACCAUGUCGAGGACCCCAAGAACUUCCCGGCUCGCCCUCCCUACAUCCUGCCGAAGAUGCCCAAGGCGAUGAGCAAGCCGACGAGCCUUGCGCCAGGCCAAGAACGAAGCGUCACCGUCUCACUCAAGUCCCUUCGUAACCCUCCACUGGAUAUCAAGCUGUCCUCUCAGUCACUCAACACCUCGAUCCUCGACAUCAAGGCUCAGGUUGAGUCGCAAUCGCGGAUACCUGUGGACAAGAUGAAGCUGCUGCACAACAAGAAACCAGUGCCGGACAGCAAGGUGCUAAAGGACUUGCUCACGGAUGACCAGUCAUCCGUGGAGUUUUCGGUCAUGGUCAUCGGUGGAGCUGCAGCAAUCAAGCCUGCUGAGCCUGUGGCUGUUGCGAAUGACCCCGCACAAGGAGAAAUCGGCGAGGCUGCACUGGAGACGGAGGAAUUCUGGAGCGACCUCAAGGGCUUCUUGUUGCAGAGACUUAAGGACGAGAAAAAGGCAGAGGAACUGUCAGCGCUGUGGCGCUCGACACACCAGGCAAAGAAGUCAUAA